UCCUCUCUCUCUCUCUCUCUCUCUCUCUCUCUCACAUCGUAUAUUUAUAACUUUUUCUAAGUUUCAUCAAAACGGAACCUAUUCAUUCAAGAAGAUUCUAAGCUUCUCAUCUUAUUGAGAAUUCUUAGAUCUUGAAUGCAGAACAUGGGCACAGUAGAUGGGCGGAGCUCGCUCCCUGAAAACCACUCCGACAAUGAGAGCAUUGGCAACGGUGAUCGCAUCGCCUUCAGCGGACCGCUGGUGAAUAAAAGCGUCGGCAACGGUGAUCGCAUCGCCUUCAGCGGACCGCUGGUGAAUAAAAGCGUCGGCAACGGUGAUCGCAUCGCCUUCAGCGGACCGCUGGUGAAUAAACGAGGCGGGAGAAAGAGUGCAAGAUUCAACAUCCCGGAAAGUACUAUUAUUGGUGGCAAUGGCGGUGCCAGCUCUAGCAAAGAUGAGGAAUAUGUAGAAAUCACUCUCAAUGUUCGUGAUGACUCUGUGGAGUUCCACAGCGUCAAGGCGGUCAGCGGAUCUGAGAAUGAGAACCCGGAAGUGAGAUUGUUGACACGGACACUCGAGAAACGGCCAUCGUUUGGUUCGUCUGUGAUUCAGACCGCCUCGUCGCGGAUCAAACAGGUGUCGCAGGAGCUGAGACGACUCGCAUCAAACACUCGGCGACCUACUGCGGCUCGGUUUGACCGGACCAAAUCGGCCGCAGUGUAUGCAUUGAAGGGUCUGAAAUUCAUCAGCAAGACAGAUGGUGGAGCUGGGUGGGCGGUGGUGGAGAAGCGGUUUGAUGAGCUUGCUGUUGAUGGAGCCCUUCCCCGCUCAGCUUUCGGGCAAUGCAUAGGUAUGAAGGAAUCAAAGGAGUUUGCAGGAGAGCUUUUCGAUGCACUGAUUCGUAGGAGGAAUAUAAUGGGGAAUUCAAUUACUAAAUCGGAGCUGAAAGAGUUUUGGGAGCAGAUUUCUGAUCAAAGCUUUGACUCAAGGCUACAAACCUUCUUUGAUAUGGUGGAUAAAAAUGCGGAUGGCCGAAUAACCGAAGAAGAAGUAAAGGAGAUUAUUACAAUCAGUGCUUCUGCAAACAAGCUCUCGAAGAUCCAAGAACAGGCUGAGGAAUACGCUGCAUUGAUCAUGGAAGAGCUCGACCGAGACAAUCUGGGCUACAUUGAGAUCUACAGUCUGGAGACAUUAUUGUUGCAAGCCCCACCUCAGCCUACUAGAGGACGGACGACGGAUAGCCGGAACCUGAGUCAGAUGCUGAGUCAGAAGCUGAAACCAACGGAAGAGAGUAACCCGAUUCGACGAGUGUACCAAAAAACUAAAUACUUUGUAGAAGAUAGCUGGCAGAGAAUUUGGGUAAUUGCACUGUGGAUCGGGAUCAUGUCGGUCCUGUUCGCAUACAAGUUUGUGCAGUAUCGGAACAAGGCUGUCUUCCACAUAAUGGGCUAUUGCGUCUGCAGCGCCAAAGGUGCGGCCGAGACGCUUAAGUUCAACAUGGCACUGAUUCUACUACCCGUUUGCCGGAACACCAUCACCUGGCUUAGGAACAAGACAAAGCUAGGCGUCAUCGUGCCGUUUGAUGACAACUUGAAUUUCCACAAGGUCAUUGCAGUUGCAAUCGCAAUCGGCGUCGGAAUACAUGCUGGUGCACAUCUAACAUGCGAUUUUCCUCGUCUUCUUCACGCAACCAAAGAGGAGUACGGGCCAAUGAAGCCCUUCUUUGGCAACAAUCAGCCAUCCAACUAUUGGUGGUUUCUUGAUGGCAUCGAAGGCGUGACGGGUAUGAUAAUGGUGAUCUUGAUGACGAUCGCAUUCACUCUAGCCACCCCGUCAUUCCGCCGCAACAAACUCAAGCUCCCGAGACCGCUACAUAAGCUAACAGGCUUCAACGCCUUCUGGUAUUCCCAUCACCUCUUCGUCAUCGUCUAUGUGCUCCUCAUUGUCCACGGCAUCUACCUCUACCUUUCCAAGGAAUGGUACAAGAAGACAACAUGGAUGUAUUUGGCCAUUCCAGUAGCUCUCUACGGCUGUGAGCGGUUGAUUAGGGCAUUCAGAUCGAGUAUUAAACCUGUUACGAUCCUAAAGGUUGCUGUCUAUCCCGGCAAUGUAUUAGCACUGCACAUGUCCAAACCUCAAGGAUUCAAAUACAAGAGUGGUCAGUACAUGUUCAUCAACUGCGCCGCGGUUUCGCCUUUUGAAUGGCACCCUUUCUCCAUUACUUCAGCUCCUAGAGAUGAUUAUCUUAGUGUUCAUAUCCGCACGCUUGGGGAUUGGACGCGCCAGCUCAAGACCGUCUUCUCUGAGGUUUGUCAGCCUCCAACUGCCGGGAAAAGCGGAUUACUAAGAGCUGAUAUGCAAGGAGGAAUCUGCCCCAACUUCCCAAGGGUGUUGAUCGACGCUCCAUACGGCGCCCCUGCCCAAGACUACAAGAAAUACGAGGUGGUCCUUCUGGUGGGGCUGGGCAUCGGGGCCACCCCUUUCAUCAGCAUUGUCAAAGACAUCGUAAAUAACAUGAAAGCGAGGGACGAAGAAGAAGAAGAAGAAGAGCUGGAGAAAGGAAGGAGACCAACGACUCCAAGUAAUAGAAGGAAAGGAGGAGGGUUUAAGACAAGGCAAGCAUACUUCUACUGGGUGACUCGCGAGCAAGGAUCUUUCGACUGGUUCAAAGGCAUUAUGAACGAGGUGGCUGAAUCAGACCACAAGGGCGCGAUCGAGCUCCACAACUACUGUACCAGCGUCUACGAAGAAGGCGACGCACGCUCUGCGUUAAUCGCGAUGCUGCAGUCGCUCAACCACGCCAAGAACGGGGUCGACGUCGUGUCGGGCACGCGUGUGAAGUCGCACUUCGCAAAGCCCAACUGGCGCAACGUCUACAAGCGUAUCGCGCUCAACCACCGCGACCAGCGAGUCGGCGUCUUUUACUGUGGGGCAGCUGGUCUCACCGAGGAGCUUCGCCAGCUUGCAUUGGAUUUCUCUCAUAAGACCUCCACCAAAUUCGAUUUUCAUAAAGAAAAUUUCUAGGAUCAAAACAGGCCGCGAAUCUCUCUCUCUCUCUCUCUCUCUCUCUCUCUCUCUCUCUCUCUCUCUCAUGUACAGCACAUUACAACAUAUACUACGACUUUGGAACCUAUAGGUGGGGCCCACCUGCUUACAUUUGAGAAAGAGUCAGGCAAAAUAAUAGUGGGCCACUACUCAUAUGGAGUAGGUAAGCCACAUGACAGGUAUAUCACGUGGUAAGGGUUGGUGAUAGUGGCAUUGGCCCACUUAGUGGGAAUCUUGUUUUGGUUUUGAGUGCAGGACGUAGUGGCGAUCGUGGUGGGGACAUUACUUCUCAAACUAACGUGAGAGAUUUUUUAAGAAAAAUGUAAAUUUUUUAUUUUUUUCUAUUUGUGAUGGUUAUAUUAUUAGCAACUUACAUGGCACUGCAUUAUUUUUUAUAUUAUAUAUGGUUGUAUGUAUACAUUAUUUUUUAUAUUAUAUGUUGAUGUUAAAAUCUGGUUCA